UGCAUGAGCCGUACACCUAUUUAGGUUGUUGAAAUACAUCCGGAUUUUGGAACUGCAAGUGUGUCUUCAUCCUGACCGUCCAAUCGAAUUCAAGAGAAAAAAGGGGUAACAAUAACAAAAGGAGUAUUGUCUCAUGCUUUUAUUCAACAAAACUCACAACAAAGAUCCAAUUCCUCCCUCAUUCGGGCAUCAACCAAUCUCACUCCGUCUUCAUUAUCACAACACACAGGUAAACCAAAAACUUCCCAAAUAAUAAAACAUCAAACAGUAAAUAAAUAUAAAAACAGAAGCAAUUAAAAGAAGAUUCCAUUCAAUUCAAUUCAAUCCAAUUUCUCCCCAACUUCUCGCCUCACGCAUGACUUUUCUUUCUUGAUCAACGAACAUAUCCAUGGUCCUCCACCCUCUACAAACACAAUAAUAUUGUAAUUAAAGAUCUAAUUAAACCAAUGUUUUCCCUACAAAACUUUAAGUUGGUUGGACCAGUCUCCUUGUAAAAAUAUUUACUAUUUUCCCUAAGAAAAUAAAAAUCCAAAUCCAAAUCCAAAUCCGAACCCACCUCAAAUUUUCCUACCAGAUUCCUGUUCUUGAUAUCAUCCAACAAAAACCGUGUUCUUAUUAAUCAAUCCUAUACAGGUAUUCACUACCAGAUUUGUACAGUUUUGGAUCAUCAAGAUUUGUUGUGAUGUUUAUCUAGGGCUAGCCUAUUAUAUUACUGUUUGUGUUUUUAUUCAUCCAGAUGCUUGAAUUUAUAUUGGGUAUUGUUUUUUCUGCAACAUGCAAUCCUAAUCUUGUGCUCAUCUGGUUGUGUAUCCAGGGUUUUUUCCCCUUCUUUUCUGAUCCCCCUUUUUCUUGCACUUUUUAGGGAUUUUGACCAGGUCAAUCGCAUAUUGUUUUUAUUGCAAGUGGGUUCUGAGUCAGUCCUGCUUUUGCUUUGUUUUUUUUAUCAGUUAUUGUUCUGUAAAUCCUAAAUUAAUUGAUUGAUGUGUUCUGGGUAACUUUGACAAUCUGGGUAAGGCCAGGUUUCAUUGAAGUUUACAUCCAUAUUUUAACAUCUGGGUCUGAACUGCAUUUGUCCAAGGACAACUGCAUCUCUCUCUUUUGUUUUGGGAUAAACUGAUAAAGUAUUAUUCAUAAAAUCAGAGAAUCUUGAACAAGAACUUUUGAGAAAACAACUUCAUGAUGGGGACAGAACUCAUCAGGCGUCAUGUCAAAGAAGAAACCAUGGAUAUUCCAUCAAUUCCACCAGGGUUUGAAUCGAUUACAGCCUUUUCUCUUAAAAGAGUUGAGGACAACAAAGUUUCUGUCCCCAUGAGUGUUUCUGAACAACAUCCAGUCAAGAACGAAUCAGGUAUCAAGCACAAUGAUGAUGAUGAUGAUGAAACGAUUAAGAGGUCUGUUAGACCUAGACCUUGGAUAAACUAUGGGCGUUUUGAUAGCAAUUCAGGGGAUGAGUCUGAAUCUGAAAAGAGCCAAACUUCAAGCAAUCCGAUCUCUAAAGGGGUUAUUCGUGGAUGUGAAAAGUGUAGCAACUGCCAAAAGGUUAUUGCAAAAUGGCGUCCAGAAGAAGCUCGAAUCCCUGAUCUUCUUGAAGCUCCUGUGUUUUACCCAAGUGAAGAGGAGUUUGAAGAUACUCUGAAGUACAUUUCAAGCAUAAGAGAAAAAGCUGAAGCAUAUGGAAUUUGUCGAAUAGUUCCACCUUCAUCAUGGAAGCCUCCAUGUCCUCUUAAGGAAAAAACCGUAUGGGAAAAUUCAACUUUUGCUACUCGUAUCCAAAGAGUUGAUAAACUUCAAAACCGUGAUUCAUUGACCAAAAUGUUGACUCCUAAUUACCAUAAGAAAGCGAAAAAAAGAAGAUGUGUGAAAACAGAGUUUGACCAAAAGAUUCACGGGUCAGACCCUGUUGACCCAAUGGUUCCUGAACCUUGUUUUGGGUUCGAACCCGGUCCACGCUUCACACUUAAUGAGUUUCAAAAGUAUGCAGAUGAUUUCAAGACUCAGUAUUUCAGAAGAAACGAAAUGAAUACAAAUCAAGAUUCGUGGGACCCAUCUUUAGAAAACAUCGAGGGUGAAUACUGGCGUAUGGUAGAACGACCUAGUAAAGAAAUCGAGGUUCUUUAUGGUGCUGACCUGGAAACGGGUACAUUCGGUAGCGGGUUUCCAAAAGAUCCGUGUCAAGUAUCCGGGUCAGAUGAAAAUGAUAUAUCUGGUGUUCUUGUCCCAUGGUUGUACAUUGGAAUGUGCUUUUCAUCAUUCUGUUGGCAUGUUGAAGAUCAUCAUCUAUAUUCAAUGAAUUACAUGCAUUUUGGUGCUUCAAAGAUGUGGUAUGGUGUACCUGGAAAAGACGCCAUUAAAUUGGAAGCAGCCAUGAAAAAGCAUUUACCUAACCUUUUUGCAGAGCAACCUGAUUUGCUUCACAAACUUGUGACACAACUUUCACCUUCCAUAUUAAAAUCCGAAGGAGUUCCGGUUUUCCGAUGUGUUCAAAAUCCAGGAGAAUUUAUUUUGACUUUUCCACGAGCAUAUCAUUCAGGAUUCAACUGUGGGUUCAAUUGUGCAGAAGCAGUCAAUGUAGCCCCUGUUGACUGGUUGCCACAUGGGCAUAAUGCCAUUGAGCUUUAUCGUGAACAGGCUCGAAAAACCUCAAUUUCUCAUGAUAAAUUGUUACUUGGAGCUGCAAGAGAUGCUGUAAAAGCUCAUUGGGAACUUAAUCUACUUAGAAAGAACACACCUGAUAACUUAAGAUGGAAGGUUGUUUGUGGGAAAGAUGGGAUUCUAUCCCAAACCCUAAAGGCACGUGUGGAAAUUGAGCGUGUAAGGAGGGACUUUCUUUGCAACACUUCUCAAGCUUUAAAAAUGGAGGCAACUUUUGAUGCGACAAAUGAGAGAGAAUGCAGCAUUUGCUAUUUUGACUUGCAUUUAUCGGCUGCAGGUUGUCACAACUGUUCACCUGAAAAGUAUUCAUGUUUAAAUCAUGCAAAACAGUUUUGCUCGUGUGCUUGGGGUUCAAAGUUUUUUCUUCUUCGUUAUGACAUUAAAGAUUUAACCAUUUUGGUUGAGGCGUUAGAGGGAAAAUUAAGUGCUAUAUACAGAUGGGCAAAACUCGAUCUUGGACUUUCUUUGACUUCAUACGUAUCUAAAGAUACCUCACGACCCUUGGGGCUUAAUGGGCCCAAUGACAAAGAGGUGAAAGAGCAAAAAGGGCAAGAGAAGGUCCAAGAAAUCUUGAAUAAGCCCAAUGAGAAUGUUAUUCUGGUUAGUGAUGAUGAAGGUGACAAUAAACCGGUUCGAACCGAUUCGGUUUCAGGGUGCACCGGGGGUGAAGCUCAAGUGAAAAAAGAAGCCAUCGAGUCACACCCGGAAAACCUUUCUUGCCAUAGAGUUUUGUCAAAAGACACGGGUCCCACUAAGGAUCUUUCAAGUGUAAAAGAGUCUAGCAAUGGGGAAAAUACGGGUGUGUUAUCGCAGCAAAUACCGAAGUGUGGGAGUGGAGUACAAAAUAAGGAGGACAAAAUUGUAAUUAUUGGAUUAUACGCAAAUACAAGGCCAGGAAACAACGUACAAAAUGCUGCUUCUGGAAGUCCGUCAUGCACUCAAACAAACCCCCGCCAAAAAGGGCCCCGCAUGGCAAAAGUUGUUAGAAGGAUAAAUUGUCAUGUGGAGCCUUUGGAAUAUGGCGAGGUCCAAUCGGGAAAGUUUUGGUGCGAUAGUCGUGCCAUUUACCCUAAAGGUUUUCGGAGUCGGGUUAAGUACAUAAAUGUUUUAAAUCCUACGGAUAUGUGCUAUUAUGUUUCGGAAAUUCUUGAUGUGGGAAAGAAUAGACCGUUAUUUAUGGUUUCAUUGGAGAAUAAUCCAAAUGAAGUAUUUGUACAUUUAUCUGCAGCAAGAUGUUGGGAAAUGAUUAGAGAGAGAGUUAACAACGAGAUCUCAAAGCAACAUAAGUCAAGAAUAUUAAAUCUUCCACCUUUGCAGCCUCCCGGAAGUCUUGAUGGCAUGGAAAUGUUUGGUUUUUCCUCGCCUUCCAUCUUGCAGGGUAUACAGUCGAUGGAUAGGAAUCGUGUAUGCAAAGAGUAUUGGGAAUCGCGACCUUUUCUGUCUCAAUCCCACAAGGAAGGUGAGAACUCAUUAAAGAUUCAGGAAUUAAAUAUUCCUGAUUGCAACAAAAACAGCGGUUUGACUACAGAUUCUGAUGAUAUUGUAUCGGGUCUGUUUAAAAAGGCGAAUUUAGAGGAGAUAAAUUCGUUCUUGAGUGUUUUGGGUAAUGAUGAUUCGAGUGGUGAUAAAGGAAAGAGAAAGUUAAUGAGACUUUUAAAUGAAGAGAUUGGUAAACGAUCUAGAUGACAAUUGGCAAAGAUUUGUAAAUUCUUUCAUCUUUAUAGUAGUUAUUAUACUGGGACUAGUAGAGUUUCGGGUUUAAUUACCUUUUUUUUUUGGUAGGGUUUAAUGUAGAGCUAAACUGGAAAAUUGUUGAGAGACUUAUUUGUUUUUGGGAUUAACAUUCAUUUUAACAGAUUCAUUUCAUAAGUUUCUAUCAUCAUCUUAUUAUUCUC